GUAUCGAUGCGUGUACACUGGCGUGGACAUACGGAAUGAGGGCACACAUUGGAACACGCAUUACAGUCUGCAGAAACCGUCCGAUAGCCUAGUCCACGGCUCAAUGUCCGACAUUUGUGUUUGUUGAGGACUACUCGUGAUCACUUGAACAGUCAAGUCUGCCAUCGCUGACCAGAUAACAAACGCUUUGGGAGAUCCUGACUACAUUUUAUUCUACAGCAGAACGCAAAAAGGUCAACUUUCUUAGAGGAUUUGAAGUGGACGAGAGGGAAGUUUCCAAGGAAGUGACAAUCAUCCAGAAACUCCAAAAAGGAAAGAUUCCUGAUCUUCCGACGUUGCCUCUCUCUUGUGGCAGUGUUUUUCCAUCCUCCAUCGAGCAGUGGCAGCAGCAGUCUCUCUGCUUCACACUCUCCCUAACGGUCCAUCUGGCGGAGGCACGGUCGCCAAGUUUGUUUCGUAAGCGCCUCCUCAGUUUUUUUCCUCAAAGCUUUGUCAUCCAGGCUGUGAUCUUUUUUGCCGUUGAAGAGGUUUUAUUAAGUUUUAUUUCAACCAUUAGCCGAGGCAUGAAAUCGCCAGUUCCUAUAUCACAUGAUAUUUUCUCACUAGCGUGAGCACUCUUUUCACCUUUAAACGCAGAGCACAACUUUUUGACUAUUAUAUUCUUUUGCUCAACCUAUGGGAAACCUAAUCAUUUUUCGACUUUGCAACCAGCCCGACAUAAAGACAAUCAUGAUUCAACUGUUUUGUAGGCCAUGCAGUCCCACCUAAUCUGUAAAAGACUUUAACUUAAAGCACUCAGAUAGGAAUCCCACCCCAAACACACACACACACACAAACACACAAUCAUUCAAACACAGAGAUCGUCCAAGAUUAGUAUGAGUUAUGAGAACCCUAACGCCGCCCCCAGCGAUGACAAAAGGGGCGGAGUUGGGCGUCGGUCAGAGGAAGAGGAAGAGGUGGGGCACGGCUCUCCAGGCCUGAGCGGAGGCUCCUCCUCCUCUCCCGAAGAGGGCGUCGGCAACAGGGAGUGUCAUGGGAGCUCGUCUCCGGGAGGAGCGUCCUCCUCCACAGGGGCCAGAGGAGAUGGGGGGUCGUCCACGACGUCCGGGGGGAACCCGCGCCACGGCCGCGGCCACGGCGGGCCCACCUCUGACGACACGGACGCACUGUCCAGCGGCAACGACUCGGGCGAGCGGGAGAGCGAGGGCGGCAUGGAUCGGGAGAACGGUUCCCGUGGACGGCAGUCCUCACGCAGCUACCAGAGCUCCUCCAGCCACAACUGCAAGGACUCGGGCAUGAUGCUGGAGACCACGGAGAGCAACAAGAGCAGCUCCAACUCCCACAGCCACAGCCCGUCUCCGCCCUCCUCCUCGCUGGGCUACAGCCUGCUGAGCGGGGGCAGCUCGGAGCAGGACCCACCCAGCACCAGCGGCUGCAGCAGCAACCAGUCGGCGCGCGUGCAGACCCAGAAGGAGCUCAUGAAGGCCCUGAAGGAGCUGAAGAUACGCCUGCCGCCCGAGCGCAAGUCCAAGGGCAGGUCCUCCACGCUCAACGCCCUCAAGUACGCCCUGAGCUGCGUCAAGCAAGUCCGAGCCAAUCAGGAGUACUACCACCAGUGGAGUGUUGAGGAGUGCCAGGGUUGCAGUCUGGACCUCUCCACCUUCACCAUCGAGGAGCUGGACAACAUCACCUCCGAGUACACGCUCAAGAACACAGAUACCUUCUCCAUCGCGGUCUCCUUCCUGUCGGGGAAGGUGGUGUACAUCUCUCCUCACGGCUCGUCUCUGAUGCGCUGCAAGGCGGAGCGUCUGCAGGGGGCGCUCUUCUCGGAGCUGCUGGCCCCGCAGGACGUCAACACCUUCUACAGCAGCACGGCGCCCUGCCGUCUGCCGCCCUGGGCCGCGUGCAUCGGCUCUGCCUCCCCACCUGCGGACUGCACGCAGGAGAAGUCCAUGUUCUGCCGCAUCAGUGCGGACAGCAUGCACGGCGGUGAGAUGCGCUACUACCCCUUCCGCCUGACGCCCUACCAGCUCACCCUGCGGGCCUCGGACACCGCCGACCCCCAGCCGUGCUGCCUGCUCAUCGCCGAGCGGGUACACUCCGGAUACGAAGCUCCUCGCAUUCCAGCCGACAAGAGAAUUUUCACCACCAGCCACUCACCAAGCUGUCUAUUUCAAGAAGUGGAUGAAAGAGCGGUGCCGUUGCUAGGUUACCUUCCACAAGACCUGGUGGGGACGCCAGUGCUGCUCUACGUUCACCCCGAGGACAGACCCAUCAUGGUGGCUAUCCACAAGAAGAUCCUCCAGUUUGCGGGGCAGCCCUUCGACCACUCUCCCCUGCGGAUGUGCGCGCGGAGCGGGGAGUACCUGACCAUCGACACCUCCUGGUCCUCCUUCGUCAACCCCUGGAGCAGGAAGGUGGCCUUCAUCGUGGGACGCCACAAAGUCAGAACGAGCCCGCUGAACGAGGACGUGUUCACGCCCCCGCGGGGCCCCGACGGCCGGGCGAUGGUGCCCGAGAUCCCCCAGCUGAGCGAGCAGAUCCACCGCCUGCUGGCCCAGCCGGUGCACUGCGGCAGCUCGCAGGGCUACAGCAGCCUGACCAGCAGCGGCUCCCACGAGCAGCACCACAGCGCCGCCUCCUCCUCCGAGAGCAACGGGCCCGGGGCCCUGGAGGACGUCACGCAGCUGCUGAGGCACACGCCGAUGACCUUCCAGCAGAUCUGCAAGGACGUGCACAUGGUGAAGACCAGCGGCCAGCAGGUCUUCAUAGAGUCCAGGAAUCGCCCCCAGCCACGCAAGCAUGCCAACGCCGGUACCAGUGGGACUUUGCAGACCACUGUUCCAAUCACCAGCCUGAAUACUCAGACGGCCCUGCCCCCCAAGAACCCAAACCCCUCCUCACCUUCUCAGCUGAUGAGGAAGGAGCCCAACAGCACCUAUUCCUACCAGCAGAUCAACUGUCUGGACAGCAUUAUACGGUACUUGGAGAGCUGCAAUGUCCCCAACACGGUCAAGAGGAAGUGCGGGUCCUCGUCCUGCACCGCCUCCUCCGCGUCCGACGACGACAAGCAACAGGAGACCGCCGGCAACACCGAUGGUGCGGCGGUAACUCUUGUGGGCGAGGCUCCUCCUCUGCCCCCGCUCGCGUUGCCCAAGCCCGAAAGCGUGGCCUCCGUUACCUCUCAGUGCAGCUUCAGCAGCACCAUCGUCCACGUGGGAGACAAGAAACCGCCCGAGUCAGACAUUGUGAUGGAGGAGGCCCCUCCGACCCCCUCGUCCGCCCUGACCCCGACCCCGACCCCGACCCAGGCGUCCACCGCCACCAUCUCGCCACCCCCUCCCCCCGUGCCUGUCACGCCCUCGCCCAGCCCCGCGGCUCCUGCCGAGAGGGAGGCUCGGAGGAGAGGAGGAGGAGGUGGCCGUCACGGCCUGACCAAGGAGGUGCUGUCGGCCCACACCCAGCAGGAGGAGCAGAACUUCAUGUGCCGCUUCCGGGACCUGAGCCAGCUGCGGGUCUUCGAGCCGGCCACCUCGCUCAAGAGGCACACCACCGCACCCCUGUCCAAAGGUGUUCGCAGUUCCCGCGACUACCCUGCAAUGGGCAGCAGCAGUAGACGCCGUGGCCGCGGCGGCAAGCGCUUGAGGCACCAGGAGACCAACGACCAGGGCAGCCAGGCCCUCAGGGGCCCUGUAGUGGCCCCCGUGCCUGACGUGGCAGGCCCUCCCGCCGCGUCCUUCCCCCUGGGGCACCCCACUACCUCCUUCCCCAUGGGACACUCCACCACCUCGUCCUCCUGGCCCACCUCCGUGGCCUCCCAGGCCAGCCUCCCUCAGUUGCCCUACCCGCCGGGCAUGCUGCCCCUCUACCCGCUCUACCCGCCCCUGACCGACCAGUCCCAGCUUCAGUCCCAGCUCCAGUCCCAGCUCCAGUCCCAGCUGCAGUCCCAGCUCCAGUCCCAGCUCCAGUCCCAGCUCCAGUCCCAGCUCCAGUCCCAGCUCCAGUCCCAGCUGCGCUUCCCGCUGCACAACGUCCAGAUGCCGCCGCAGAUGGUGCCCCCCAUGAUGGCGCUGGUGCUGCCCAACUACAUGUUCCCCCAGAUGAGCCCCUCGCCCCUGGGCCAGCUGGGCUCCGCCGUCGCCCCCACGCCCAUGAACAGCGCCCCCACCACCGUGCCCUUCUUCAACCCCAACGCCUCCUUCGUGUCGCCCUUCGGGCCGGGCGGGGCGCUGAUCACCCAAGGGGGCGCUAUGGAGGUGGGGCUGAGUGCCCUGAGUGCCCAGCAGCCGAUGCCCAUCGCAGGCCCCCCGGGCCCCAGGCCUCCGUCCCGCUCCAGCACGCCCAUGUCCAGCAGCCAGAAGGAGGGCGGGGCCGACAGAGAGGAGUCCAUGCUCCUCCCCUCCAGCCGAUGCUCCUCCCCACUCAACCUGCUGCAGUUGGAGGAGGCGCCCAGCAACCGGCUGGAGGUGGCGACUCAGCAAGCCACGCCCACCGGAGGGCAGGGAGGAGGAGCCAGUGGUCAGGCCAAUCAGAGAGGAGAGGAUUCCAAAGACAAUGAGAACGGUGAGACCACCGAGUCCAACCAGGACGCCAUGUCCACCUCCAGCGAGUUCCUGGACCUGCUGCUGCAGGAGGACGCCCGCUCGGGCACCGGCUCGGCCGCCUCCGGCUCGGGCUCCUCGGGCACGGGGUCUUCGGGCUCCGGCUCCGGGUCCUCAGGUUCCGGCUCCGGGUCCUCAGGUUCCGGCUCCGGGUCCUCGGGAUCCAAUGGUUCCAACGGUUGCAGCUCGUCGGGCAGUGGAACGAGAAGCAGCCAGAGCAGCCAUACCAGUAAAUACUUUGGCAGCAUCGACUCGUCGGAGAACGACCAUUCCCGCAAGCAGCCAGGAGGGGGCGACGGCGAGGCCCAGUUCAUCAAGUGUGUGCUACAGGACCCAAUCUGGCUGCUGAUGGCCAACACUGACGACAAGGUCAUGAUGACCUACCAGCUGCCCGUCAGGGACCGUGAGACGGUGCUGCGCCAGGACCGCAUGGCCCUGCACGCCAUGCAGAAGCACCAGCCGCGCUUCACCGAGGAGCAGAAGAGGGAGCUGAGCCAGGUGCACCCCUGGAUACGCACCGGACGCCUCCCGCGCGCCAUCAACAUAUCCGCCUGCGCAGGGUGCAAAUCUCCGACCGCCGUCCCUCCGGCCACCCCCUUUGACGUAGAGAUCCACGAGAUGGAGCUGUGCAGCGUGCUGGCCACCGCCAACGCCACCAAGCUUGCUCCGGCGCCCGAGACCGCCAUGGAGGAGGGCGAGGGAGACGCCGCGGUGGUGGUAGUGGAGGAGGGAGAACCAGGAGGAGACACACCUGGAGGAGGAGGAGAGAGGAGAGAAAGCAGAGGUGGGGAGGUGGUGGUGGUGGAGGAUGAGGAGGAGAACAAUGUGGACUUGACGCUGGCCAAAGACCAGGAGAUGGCCACCGAGGAACAAGGCAUGACAACGUCAUCGUCACAGGCGGAACAGGGAAGGGACACUGACAUGACCCACUGAUCUGUGAUGGUCUACGUUUACGUUGAUUUUAUCAUGGGGCAAAGUCUGGAAAGGCUCACGGACAUUUGAUGUCCUUUAUUCCCUCAUGCAAGUUCAGCCAGGACGGGCACAAGAUUUGUUCUUUUUUUAUCCCUGGCGGGCUGAAGUGUUGUGAUGCAGUCCAGACUUCAACCAAUGGAACAUGUUGUUGUGUGUGUUAUAUAAUAUAUGUACGGUACACAUACCUCUAAUGUUUCCUGAUGUACAUAUAUUUUUGUAUCUCUCUUGAGGCACUUAUUUGUUUAAAAGUGCAACAGGGUGUGAGAAAAAAAGGCACUUAACAACCUUUCGGGGUUUUUUAAUUAUUUGAUUUUUUUAAUUGAAUGGCCACUGUACUGUGUUGUAGACAGUAAUAUUGCAUCCUGUGCCCCCCACCCAUUCCCCCCAGCUUGUAAUGAGUUGGUUUAACCCAGCAUUGUUAAGUCCUGCUGGGUCAUUUUAUUUCAUGGGGAAAGUAGGGGGCGAUUUUACCUGCCUAUAACCUCCUGCGUAUUCUUUCAGUGGAAUCCCUCAGAGGGAAACUGUGAAUGUUCUUUGGCAUAUUUGUCACAUUUACAUCAACAGAAAGUUUAGCAAACUAUUUUUGUAAAAAAAAAUGUCUGUGAAAACAGUCCAUCUUUGACCAAAAUGUACUUCAGAAACAAACCUACAGAUGUAUCUUCUUUUAUGACCAGUAUGUUUAUUUUUUUACACUUCAUCAUUGUACAGAACUACCUUUCUCAAAAUUAUAAUGUGCAACAAGUGGUUGUGAAAUCCAAAAUUGGAUUACUUGUAUAUUCAGAGAUAAACAUGGAACGUUGUAACAGAAAUUAAAAAUGGCCGACUAUUGCCUUGUCAAUAGGCGGAUGUUAUUUUGGUAUUAACUGGUUGUUUUGGUCUCUGUUAGUAGCUAACUAGUCAAAAACACACUCGUUCACAUGUCUUUACACUAAUGUACAAAGUACAUUUGCUGGACGCACAUUCAAUGGACUCUGAUUGGAAGGGCAUUUCAAGACAAGAGUCCUCAUGGACUCAAACGGCGUAUCAAGGCAAUGGGUCUGUUGCUACGGCGACCACCUGUGCAUCAUAGCCUCAAGAAGGGCGACUCUGUCUCCCGAUUGGACAAAGGGUUUUUUGGGACACUGCCAUUGGCCUGUGCCCGUUUCACAGCCUGGUCUGAAUCUUCCAGCUGGGUGGGGUGGAAGGGAUUUCACUGGAGUUGAGAGUUUGGACUCAGAAGAAGCUCAGAAGGAAAACAGAGACAAAAAAAGAAGGAUGUCAUGGCAAAAAUAAAAAGGUGUCGAGGAGGACAUGGCCAAAAACUUGACAAGUGACAAACAGAUGACCAGACAAGGCAGUUACUUUUUUGUCUUUCUCUCUGUAUCUCUCUCUCUAUCUAUCUAUCUCCUUUUCUGUCUUACUCUCUCCCCUCUUCUCUCCCCUCUUCUCUCUCCUCACUCUUUCUCGGCAUCUUUGGCUGUCUUCUGUACUCAUCACUCUGUCAAGCCUUUGUCAUCUUUUUAAAAAACAAAAAGUCUUUCUGGAAAUGGCGUUGGCAAUCUUAACUGUUCUCCCUUGGUUGUCAUCCUCUCUCUUCCUAUCUUUUUUUUAUUUCUCUAUCUCUCUCUCCCUCCCUCCCUCUCUCUCUCUCUCUCUCUCUGUCUCUCUCUCUGGGUGACGUGGUAAUCUGCUUCAGUGGUCCUCGACUGUUUGUAUUUUUUGUGAAUUUCUUUAUAUUGGAAAAAAUAAUUAUAAUGAUAAUAAAAUUCUGAAAAAUGA